AUGAGAGACAUCGUUGACCUACCACACGACCUCUUCCUCCUCGUCAUCUCUUAUCUCUCUCCCCGAACAUGCGUUCUUUCUCGUUCCGUCUCUCGACGAUGGCACGCCGCUUUCACCGAUGAACACAACUCGUAUCUGUUGAUGCGAUGGAACUUUCCACGAUGCCGUGAGAUGCGUCUGGCUUCGGCCGCCGCCUUAUUACCAUCAGCUUCAUCAGACUUUGCCAACUUGAACAACAAUCUCGCUGUCGAGAUCUCAUGUACUUCUCGCGACCUCCCACCAUGGUCCGAAACAUUUGCUCUCGUGGCUAGACGCUAUCACCAUCUCCGUCGAGGUUCGGCCCGAGUCGUCGAGAAGCUCCAGAUGGCUCGUCCAAGCCGGAGUGAUAGUAACGAACCCUCUCCCAUCUCUUUCAAAGGAGUCGCUACUUGGAACCGGUUCCUACGUCUGGAUGACAAGACGGCCGAGUUUCAUUAUCCCGACCCAGCGUGGUGGUACAGUCAAGAGGACGGAGUGGUGGUCUACCCAGCGGAAGUCCGUGAUAGGCCCAAUACCCCAUCAUCAUCAGAUCCGGCCCACGGUUACGUCUACCACAUCUUCGAUCCAGCAACUGGAAUCCAAAUUCCUGUCCCGUUCGAUGUUCGCCAAAAGCACAUCCGGCGAGUUCGUCUGGCCCAAGGAGUUCUGAUAUUCGAAUGGGCCGAAGAACAUCCUUACCACCAGUUGAAUGACAGAGAAGUCGUCCACCGACACUUCGUGACUGCUUUCGACGUCAUCCGCACACCCUCUUCAUCAGCCUGGACAUGGACGAUCCAAUUCCGGUCAGAAUGGAAGUUGCACUUCCUCGGUCUGCCCCUGAACCGAUCCGAUCGCUUCUUCUCCGCCCACACAGCCACGCACUACGCCGUCUACUUCUGGCAACCAAACCGCUCGCUUUACCAAGAUGAUCCCAUUGAGCAACUCGCCGUAUGGGACAUUUCCUCCCCGAGUCCGUACCGUCCAUCUGAGGAUCCAACGGGGCAUAACCGACCACCGGUCAGCAACCGGACAAUUUCCAUGCCUGCUGGUUUGUGGAAUGGGACGGGAACACACACAACCACGACCAACACAACAAGCACAACAGCUGGACAGCCCAUCAGAAAAAGCGCCAGCCCCGAGCCUGAACAAGUUCGAGAGGCUACCGGCCCCCAAGUAAUCCGCCGCAUGGCCUGGCGCGAACUCGACUUUUACGGUUUGCGCCAACGCGCCAACCCACAGCUGCGCAACCUUUCUCUGGAUGACAGGAACCUCUAUUUCAUCGAGGAAGAACACCGCUGGGCUGAGGGGCAACACUCCUCCCUUAGUCCGCCUCGGGUUCACCACGUCAAGUGCACGGGAAUUCCCAUUGUGCCUUGCUCGCCAGCUGCUCCUAUUCCUUUCUCGUCUGUCAAGGAAAACAAGGAGGAGGAGCCGUCUCAUGCGCAUUAUUAUCAGGCACUGUUCACAUCAACCAUCAAUGACCCAGUUUAUGGUCCCGUAUGGGUUGACCAAUGUGGUGCAGACGGGGAUGUCAACAUGUCCUUUUGCUCACGGGCACAUACCUCUUUAACCUCUUCUCCCUCAUCAGCCGUUUCAUCUCUCUCCCCCACCUCAACCCUCUCUCCCUCUCUUCAAACCCAAGGUCAGGACCAAAACCAACAUCUACCCCCCUCCCCACCUCUUUCCCCCAGCAGCACCACCUCCUCCAGAUCUUACCCCCUCACAAUCCCAUCAAACCAAAAAGCCCUCCUCCACCACCUCCGCUCCCGUCCCCCAUCGCCCUCUUCUUCCCAAUCCUUCUUCCCCUUAUCACCCUCAUCACCCACCACACACACAUCAACCUCCCCCCGUCACCGCCACAAAAAUCAGCAGCAAGCCCUGGAGGAUUUGCUACAAGCAAGCAACCAGCAACGAUUCCCGGGCCUAGCCCCCUGCUGGCGCCACGAAGACUUCCCCUACCUGACCGUGGCGGAAAUGGUCGAUUUUGCUGCGGGCGUGCGGAUUACCGCGAGGCAUUGUUUUAUGUUGGAGACGGUGUCUGUUUGUGUCAGGAAUGCGAGGGUUUGUGUGAAGCCUGGCCCACAACUGCUGGCUGAGGAGCAGGAGGGGAGUGAGAGAAGAAGGGGAAGCGGGAGUGAGAGGAGAGGUGGGAGGCCGUUGGUUAGUGGUGAGGAGGGGCAUCAUUCUCGGCAGCCACCAACACCGGUGGAUAUCGAACCGGAAAGGAAGGGGUACAAGCGGCAGAAAAGUGAGGGGGGAGGAAAAGGUGAAGAAGUUCAAUUUGCAGAUGAUAUGUGGAGUCAGUUGGUAGGUAGAAGGGGGUAUUUGGCUGGUGAUGAGAGGUGGGUUUUGGGAGAGGAUGAGGAGGGGAGGGUUACUGUUGUUCGGUUUUAG